CCACCACCCAUGUGCCCUCCUCCUGUCUCCACCAGCUCCUGCCGCUCAAUGAUUAGAGCUCUGUUCCCUCUCUCUCUCCCCUAACCCAAAACCCCAUAGAGACACACAACAACAACAAAAAAAACCUAUCUUUCUCUAUACAGACCUUAUUCAAGCUCACCACCACUACUAUUACUAAUCUCUUUACUGGGUAAAGAUUUUUAUUUGACGAAGAGGGGUAAGGCUGAGGGGUCACUACAGAAUUGGCUUUUCUUAUUCGACUCCAACUUUUUUUUUCCUUUUAAACAUGUCGAAUUCAGACGUCGGAGCAACUAACGGCGUCAAUAACGGGGCUCUGAUCGACCCUAAUCAGAGGCAACAGCAGCAGCAGCAGCAGCCACAGCAGCUAACGACGACUAAUGGAGCUUUAGUUGUCAAGAAGCCACCUUCCAAGGACCGUCAUAGCAAGGUCGACGGCAGGGGACGGCGCAUCCGCAUGCCGAUCAUCUGCGCCGCUCGUGUUUUUCAGCUUACUCGUGAGCUCGGCCAUAAGUCUGACGGUCAGACCAUCGAGUGGCUCCUCCGCCAGGCCGAGCCCUCUAUCAUCGCUGCUACCGGGACUGGGACCACCCCGGCCAGCUUCUCCACAGUCUCCGUAUCCGUACGCGGCAGCGCCGGAAACGGUCUCGGCGGAGUCUCCGCCUCUCUUUCUACGUCUUCGGGCAAUUCCGGGUCACUUGAACACAAGCCCUUGCUGGGUCCCACGCCAUUCAUCCUUGGAAAACGCGUGCGCCCAGACGACGGCGUCGGUAAGGAUAAUCACGACGGUCAUGACGGUGUUUCGGUAGUCGGAGCCAUGGGGUCCAUGGUGGGGUCCGCCACAACCGCGCCGGGCGGGUUCUGGGCCCCACACUUCGGACAAGUCUGGAGCUUCGCGGCGGCGCCGCCUGAUAUGCAGCCGUCGGUCUCGCAGCAGCCUUCGUUGUUUGUCCAGCAGCAGACGAUCGGAGAGGCCUCGGCGGCGAGAGUGGGAAAUUACCUUCCUGGGCAUCUGAAUUUGCUAGCUUCGUUAUCGGGUGGACAAGGAAAUUCUGGUCGUAGGGAAGACGAUCCUCGCUAAUUUAGGCUUCCAAGCUCUCUAGUUAUGGCGGCGGCGGUGUUUAUCGUAUAUAUAAAUAUGUGUAUGCUUAUUAUGCUUUUCGUGUGCGGGGGUUUGAGAGAGAUUUUUUUUUCCUUCUUUGCUUCAGUUAAUUUAGGGUUUAGAGUUGCAUUAGCUUUUGAUGGGGAAGAAAAAACAAUUUAGGGUUCGGUUGAAAUUCGGAGAAUUUAAGCCAUGUAUGAAUGAAUUCAAUUAGGGUUUUAGGGGUUCCAAUUGUUUAUUAGGAUUUUGCAGGGGUUUUGUCCUGAGGAGAAGAGGGAAGGAGUUUAGAAGAAUUAGAAUUCUGAAGAUGGAGAGGUUUGUUUCAACUUUCACCAUUGUAGCUGGGAAUUAGGUUUUCCUUUUUUCUUUUUUUACUUAUUUUUUUUUAGGGAAAUUCCAUGGGUCAAAACACAUUUGGGAUUUUCAACAAUUCGGAGCUAUAUGUGAAAUCAGCUCAUUAUUGUGAAGAAUGAAGUGAAUUGCCAUAUUGGCAAGCUCAUUUGGUUGAGCUAAUUGGGUGGUUUUGAUGUUUGAGCCUUGAAGUUGGUAUGGCACCACUGUUCGGAAGAUAUAUCGUUUGUGGAAAUGUCUCAUCCACAAAUGGGGUAUCUCUGCAAGCUUUAAUUUGGUCAUUGAAGCCCAUAAUAUCCACAUGCUGAUGAAAUUGGAGUUUUUCACUUGUGGUUGUAGUACAGAAUUGGUUUGUGCGCUUCAAACAAGCUCCUAAACCAAAUUCCAGAUUUUGUUGCUGAAAUUCCCCUUGCGAAUUUCAAUGGUGAAGAACAAACAGAAUUGGCAGUUCAUGGUGAAGAUUGCUAAUACUUUCACACGGUAUUGGAUUGCUUCUCUCGCUUUCUCUCUGUCUCUCUCUUUCUCUCUUUUCCACUUUCAUAUGCUCUGUGUUGUUGGUCUAAUGAAUAAUGAUAUGAAAAAGGUGACUGGUGUGUGUGAAAGAUAAGAUAGAAAGGAAAGAACAUAGCUCUUGCUCCUCUCUGUAAUACCACUGUUUUUGGGAAAUUUGGUCCGUAUUCCUCUAGCCAUUUCUUAGAUUUAUCAGCGUGAAGAAAAAUAAUGUGUUUAUUGUAUUUGAGUGGAUUGUUUUUGGGUGCAAUGUGGUGUGAAUAAAAAAACCCAUCUGUUCUUUUC